AUGACGAAAAGAAUAAAACUGGUGGUUCCAGAGGAAGUGUUGGUGAAAAUAUUGGCUCGUUUAUCAUUGACGAGCAUCGCAAGAUUUAUAUCAGUAUGCAAAGAAUGGAAAUCGAUAAUCAAUUCCGACUAUUUCAGAGAUCAGUACGAGUCUCUAAACUCGUCCUCCUCCAUUUCGUGGUCAAUCAUGAGUACAAGGAACCAAACAUUUGCGUCAGAGAUCGUGGGACACCAUGGAUGCCAAAGAUGGGGACUUAAAAAUUCUCUAGGCUCUUACAUGCAUAACAAAUCUGACACACCAUUGAGAAAAACUUGUGUCUUGAGCUGCACGGAUGGAAUUGUAUUGCUUUAUACCGAAACCAUCGAAGGUGCACCAAUGUAUCAUGUCGGAAACCCUUUGUUGCAACAAUGGGUUCAAAUCCCUCUUCCUCCACAUCUCACGGUUUUUGAUGUAGUGAGGUUACAAGAGAGCAUGUUUUUCAGCGACACUGGACUUGUUACAAAGAUGGAAAAGGGUAUUGUCGUGGGGUACAAGGUAGUGUGGAUGUUGGUGUCAUGGUUUGUGUCUACUAAACUCACUUUUAUGAUAUAUUCUUCUGAAACAGGAGUGUGGAAAACCGAAAAUGUGCGUUGUAAACGUUCCAUGAUUUGGUCUAGACUAAAGUAUUCGGUUCCUUUAAACGGGAUUCUUCACUGGCUUUCCUCUAUUGGUAGCGACAUAGACGCAAAUUAUAUUGUAUCAUAUGAUUUCUAUAAUGGAGUUGAUGAUGAUGAGUGUCGUACUAUACCUUUUCCUGAUUUCCAAGAAUAUCAACAAGCUCGGUGUUUCAAGAGAACAAUCACAAUGUCUGCAGGAUUUGUGGUGUAUUGCAACAUUUUCUCGGAUAAUGGAGGCCGUACAAUCAUGGUUUGGAGGCUGAUCUCUACGGAUGAUCAUCCUAACGCAUGGCAACUCUCGUGGAAACUAAACCCCAUUUGCAAGUUUUAUGCUGAUUAUUUUCCCGUGGUAAUGCAUCCUUUGAACUAUGAGAUCAUAUACAUGUGGUGUAGGAACAAGAACGCUAUGAUGUCGUUAAACUUGAGGACAUUCAGGUAUAGUCUUCGCAAGAAGUUAUCACCGGAAGAGAAGGUGAAAAAGUCUAUGGAUGGUUGCAUCAUGAGAUUUAGCGGUUGCAAGGAGUAUAUGGACUUGAUCUAUCCAAUUUUCGCCAAUGCAAUAUACGGUGGUGUUCACGAUCUCUACUUUUCACAGUAUGUGCUCCCACGCUGGCUAAAUCCGCUCCCUCAACGUGCUUCUUGA